CGUCGACUCGCACUGACUUCUUCCAAGUCAAGAUGGCAUUCGCCUUAGCCGGUGAUAUACUUUAUAUUGUCUUAGACAUCCUUGGAGACCAACGCGACUACAACAGCCUAUACCAAUGCGCCAUAACAUCCAGAUGCUUCACGGGGCACGCCUUGCAAGUUCUGUAUAAGCUGUAUAAUACCUCGCCCGUAAGAGGUGGGGGAACCGAGGAUGAGCAAUUCAAACCUCGAAGAACAGCUACUACCCUAGCCCAUAUGAGGAGCCAGCAAGAUGCUAUUAUUCGCAAAUGGGCUGUUAUGUGGCGCUCCAUAACGCUGUCGGCUCUGGAUCAGACAUAUUUGCCUUAUUCUAGUUAUAUACGCUAUUUGGACCUGGAAGAUCUAGGUUACCUUCUUGGCCAGGCGUACAUUAAAAAGAACAGGGAAGCGUUCUAUACUCCGGAACUCGACGAUUUUUUGUCUCAAGGCUAUGAGAUUAAGGGAAACAAGCGGCUUCGUUCCUCUUCCAAGUUUGACCACGAACACGCGUUGGCGAAAAUGGGCUCGGCAAUUGUCAAGAGGUCGACGUCAAUAAGGGGGAUGUCUUGCAAUGUCCAACCUUCCCUGUUAGCUGAAUUUCUUCAACAACUACCUCUUCUGCAAACAUUAACAAUCUGGUCUGGUACUUCUCUUACGGAUCAUGCUGGUGACAAAAUUCAUAUCUACUGCCCAGAUCUCAAACAAAUCACGAUAUACUCAUGGCAGGACCAACCGUCCAAGAACGCGGAGGUAGAUUCUGAACAGUUUCUAAAUGAGCUACGACCUAAUACCCUGGAGUAUUUCGAAUUAUUGAGCUACUCCCACUUAGGACCUCGGUCGAUCAGGGCCAUGGGUUCGCACUUGGGCUCACUGAUAGAACUCAAACUUACAAGCCUCACAAUUGGGGCAAUAGCUGAGCUACCCUCACUUAACUCACCACCGGCAUUGAAGGUAUUGGUCUUAACAGACUCAGUUGGAACGCCUCCUGAUGAACGGUUCUACGAAGUUCUCGGUCGAGUCGCCGAAUGGAUACGGAGCUGUAAAGCUCUAAGGCAUCUAGAGCUCCGCCGAUUCAUGGAUGACGCUCUUCUACUAUCCAAAGUCCUUCCUGAUGAGAAUAUUCACUUGUCUAGUCUUUCUCUAACAGACUAUGGUAUAUAUGCAGCCCAUGCCUUUCAUGAAGCUCUUUCGCACCAGCCAACGCUGCAGGGUCUCUAUCUCAAGGGCGAAGGAAGCGAAAUUCCUGAGUUCAACGAACUACUCGUCCAGGCCAUCGUUCCACUGAAAAACCUACGCGAGCUUGAACUCAAAGGUGUUUCCGACGGUUUCACAGCCGAACAUCUCAUGACGCUCACACCAUUCCUUCCCCAUCUCGAAAGGUUAUGGGUCGGCGGUGACUGGUUAUGCGACGACGCAUUGGAAGCUUUUUUCUGCUUAUCACGACUCAAGAGCCUCGUUAUCCACGCCUUCGCCCAAUUUACAGUUCAGGGUCUACUCAAUCUCAUCGCUCAAGCAGGGCCGGGUAACAGGGGGCUCAGCCUGUCUAUCUUGAGCUCAGCGUAUAACACCGAUAUUAACGAGGAAAACGAAAAGCUGAUUCGCGAGGUUCUGAAAUCGAAGCUCGAUGGAUCCUUCGACUUUGCCCUAGCACAAGAAGAGGAAACCGAAAUGGAUACCGAGGAUGAAAUGACGUACGAAUAGAUUUUGUGGGGAAUAGGGAAGCUGACACCUUUUUCUGUUACGUCAAGCCUAUCCAAACUCCAAAGUACGUAAUCGUACGAUUCUAGAAUAA